AUGUUGGCAGAUUUUGAAAGUGUUCUCCGCUCGGAGUUCUCCCUGAAGGAUUGCCCUCGCAUCGGUCCUUUCACUUGGCAUAACAUUCCCGGUGUAAACGAUGCAGCUGAAGAUGGAUCUGCUCUAGGUUUGAAUAAUCCCCUUGGAGUGAGUGCUGAUCGCACGGACGAUUUCAGCGUGAUGCCCUACAGUGGAGAAGAACUUACGAGGGAUCCGCUUUGCACAAGCAACUGCAUCAACUCUGACAGACGCAUAUGGAAACUCAUGUUACCGUGUCCAGUGCCGCGCAGUGUUCCUAAACUUGACAUGAAAAAAGGCACCACAACACUGGGGUUUCACUUUGACGGUGGGAUAAUUAUUGCCGUUGACUCCCGUGCCUCAUCCGGCCAGUAUAUUUCUUCUCAAACGGUUAUGAAGGUACUGGAGAUAAACGAAUAUCUUCUUGGUACGAUGGCUGGUGGUGCAGCAGAUUGCCAGUACUGGGAGCGCGUUCUCGGCAUGGAGUGCCGCCUGUGGGAGCUACGUAACAACUGCCGUAUCUCUGUAGCAGCCGCAAGCAAGAUUCUGGCAAAUAUAACCUACCAAUACCGCAACCACGGGCUAUCUAUGGGAACAAUGGUGGCUGGUUGGGAUCAGUUUGGGCCGUCCCUUUAUUACGUGGACGACAAGGGCACGCGUGUAAAGCAUGAAAUUUUUAGUGUGGGAUCCGGUUCCAUUUAUGCCUAUGGUGUGCUUGACCAGGGCUACCGGAAGAACCUCACUGUUGAGGAGGCAUGUGACCUGGCGCGCCGCUCAAUCUUCCACGCGACGUAUCGUGACGGUGCCUCUGGUGGCAUUGUGACUGUUUAUCAUGUUCACCCGAAAGGAUGGACUCAGAUAUCGCGGGAUGACCAAACCAAACUGUAUGACCGUUAUUCUUCUCAGAGUGCAUAG